CGUCACUUCCUGUUUGAGUCAGAUCGUUAUCGAGCAUCAUCUUCAUCUCGGUGUGUUUCAACAUGAUGGUAGCUGCUUUGGGAAUGGCGCAGUUAUGGAGGUGCGUCAGGCUCCUGGCGGCUCGCCGUGCCGGGGCUCCGUCCUCGGUCGGUGCUGCCGGGUGUCACCGGGCUCUAAUGCCCGAUGCUGGGAACGUCAGCCGGGUUCAGAGCAGAGCACACAGCGUUACGCAGCACCGUCCUCCAGCCUGCUGACCUGAGAGAGGCCAGCACUCGGAGUUUGUGGGAACUGAAGUCUUGUCUCACUAUGUUGUCUUCCUUCCAAGGAAAGCUUGUGCGGGAUGGAGAGGAAAAGAAACCAGUGAUCUGUGUGGAGGGGAACAUUGCCAGCGGGAAGACAACAUGUCUGGAGUAUUUCAGCAAAACCAGCAACAUAGAGGUUCUGACUGAACCAGUCUCUAAAUGGAGGAAUAUCCGUGGACACAACCCUCUGGGUCUGAUGUAUCAGGAUCCUGAGCGCUGGGGCAUCACACUGCAGACCUACGUUCAACUCACCAUGCUGGAAAGACACUUGUCCUCCAUAGUAAAUUCGGCUCCGGUCAGGAUGAUGGAGAGGUCCAUCUUCAGUGCCAAGUACAUCUUUGUGGAGAAUCUCUUCAGAAGUGGGAAAAUGCCAGAGGUGGACUACGCUGUUCUGAGCGAGUGGUUUGAUUGGAUCACAGCUAACAUUUCCAUUCCUGUCGAUCUGAUUGUCUACCUGCAGACGUCUCCUCAGACCUGCCAUGAGAGGUUAAAGCAGAGAUGCAGAGAGGAGGAGAAAGUCAUUCCACUGGAAUAUCUGGAGUCUCUGCACCAGCUGCAUGAGGACUGGCUCAUCAAACAGACCUUGGCCUCUCUCCCUGCUCCUGUUCUGGUGAUUCCUGCUGACCACGACCUCCAGAAGAUGCUGCACCAGUACGAAAAAAACCGUGAAAAGAUCCUUGCUACUAGCAGCGUCUGAUAUACACACACACACACACACACACAAAGAUAAUGGAGAGCUGUUUACAACACCCACUCAUAUAACUGAUCUGUUACAUUUACUUGUUUACAUGGUUUUCUGUACUACAGAAAGAAAGGUAGCUGCUUCUUUAAGGUUCUGUUUUAGCCAUUUGAAAACUCUGCAAACUCUGGUCACACAGGCUCCUUUUCAUUCAUUUUUAAUGACGUUCUCACCAACAUCACAUAUGAAAGGUUUUCUCACCUACAGAAACAGAACUAACUUCAACAACUGACUACAACUGAAACAUUCCACUGAGCCUCAGUGUCUCUGUGAAACACCAGAGAACGUUCUUGUUGCUGCUCAGAUUGAGGUGUUAAACUGAUUCAUUCUGUUUGUGUGCGUUUUGCUCUGUUGCUUUUUAUAAGUCUGCUCAAAUGUCACUAUGUGAUGUCAAGUGACGUUUACUUUUGUAUUUUAAACCUGAUGUGGUGAAAGCAGGAGCAACCACAGGUACAGAACACAUGAGUUCAUAUACUACAGGUGCGUUUGGGAGCUGAUGAUAAUGUGUAGGUCAUUCAUUUAAUUAAAUCUUAAUUUAAUCUUUGCUCUUAGUUUUACAGAAUAAAAAGUUUAUUCUGAAA